UCCUUAUAUUAGUUAAUAAUUCUAGUAAUAAUUUUAAUUUUGUAUUUAUAUGUUUAUUCUGGUAGAAAAUCGGAUAUUCAAAUAUCAAAUAAAUUCUUUUUUGUCGAAUGACUAUUCAUCUAUUGUAUUUUCAUGCAAAUAUGGAGCAAGAAAACUCUAUGAAAAGCUGGUGGUUCAAUUCGACGUUAUUUAAGAAGGAGUUCGAACACAGAUGUAGGCUAAGUAAAUCAACGGGCAGUCUUGGUCCUAUUGAAAAUGCCGGCAAAAGUAAAGAUCUGAAGAUAAAUGAUACGGAUAAAAACAUUCAGAGUUGGAGUAGUCAUGACAAUUAUAGUAAUGUUGAUCUUUUUUUUGGCGUCAAGGACAUUCGGAAUUUCAUCUCUGAUGAUACUUUUUUAGUUAAAGAUAGUAACGGGGACAGUUAUUCUAUAUAUUUUGAUAUUGAAAAUAAUAUUUUUGAGAUUGAUAAUGAUCAUCCUUGUAGUGAACUAGAAAGUUCUUUUUAUCGGAAUUCUAGUUAUCUGAAUAAUGGAUCUAAGAGUAAGAAUCCCGACCACGAUCAUUACAUGGAUGAUACUCAGUAUACUUGGAAUAAUCACAUUAAUAGUUGCAUUGACACUUAUCUUCAGUCUCAAAUCUGUAUUGAUAGUUACACUGUAAGUGGUAGUGACAAUUCCAGUAACAAUUACAUUUCUAGUUCCAUUUGUGGUAAAAGUGGAAAUACUAGUAAAAAAGUCGGAAGGAAUAUACGACAAGGUUCUACUAAGCUGGAUGUAACUCAAAAAUACAAGCAUUUGUGGGUUCAAUGCGAAAAUUGUUAUGGAUUAAAUUAUAAGAAAUUUUAUAAAUCAAAAAUGAAUCUUUGUGAACAAUGUGGAUAUCAUUUGAAAAUGAGUAGUUCUGAUAGAAUUGAACUUUCGAUCGAUCGGGGUACUUGGGAGCCUAUGGAUGAAGGCAUGGUUUCUCUGGAUCCCAUUCAAUUUCAUUCGGAGGAGGAGCCUUAUAAAAAUCGUAUCGAUUCUUAUCAAAGAAAGACAGGAUUAACCGAGGCUGUUCAAACGGGCAUAGGGCAAUUAAACGGUAUUUCCGUAGCAAUAGGGGUUAUGGAUUUUCAGUUUAUGGGGGGUAGUAUGGGAUCCGUAGUCGGGGAGAAAAUUACCCGUUUGAUUGAAUAUGCUACUAAAGAAUUUCUACCUCUUAUUAUAGUGUGUGCUUCUGGAGGGGCACGUAUGCAAGAAGGAAGUUUGAGCUUGAUGCAAAUGGCUAAAAUAUCUUCUGCUUUAUAUGAUUAUCAAUCAAAUAAAAAAUUAUUCUAUGUACCAAUCAUUACAUCUCCUACUACUGGUGGGGUGACAGCCAGUUUUGGUAUGUUGGGGGAUAUCAUUAUUGCCGAACCCAAUGCCUACAUUGCCUUUGCGGGUAAAAGAGUAAUUGAACAAACAUUGAAUAAAACAGUACCCGAAGGUUCACAAGCGUCUGAGUAUUUAUUCCAGAAGGGUUUAUUCGAUCUAAUCGUACCACGUAAUCCUUUAAAAGGCGUUCUGAGUGAGUUAUUUCAACUCCACACUUUCUUUCCUUUGAAUCAAAAUUAGAACAUUAAGUCCAUUAUUUUAUUUUGAGCAAACAAGUAAUUCGUUUAUCGGAAUACAAGUGAAAUUGAGACGAAAGGGUUUUC